AAAUAUUCAAAGUCAAAUGAUGAGUUGUUGUUGUUGUUGUUGUGAGUCGCAAUGAAGCUGGCCUUGUUAAAUUCUCUUCCUCAAAUGACAUAUAUAAAUACACAAUUUUUGUUUGAGUUUUUUAGUUAGAAUUAAGACAAGAAAAUGGUUAGGCCACGUAUCAAGUUGCGUAGUUUGUGUAUUGGUCAUGUUGCCACACCUCGUGUUCGAGCAUGUUCUUCUGGUUCAUCUUUUGGAUCUAAAUUUGCAAAUAGGACUGAGUUUUCAAGCAAUGGAGUUCAUGAUUCUGGUAGAGAUAACAGAGAUGAAAGUGGGAAUAAAGUAAUGGUGGUUGUGGAUUCUAGCUUUGAAGCUAAAGGGGCUCUUGAUUGGGCUCUUUCACAUACUAUUCAGAGUCAAGAUACUGUUGUUCUUGUUCAUGUAACUAGACCCCUUGGAGAAGGUGGUGAGUCUGAUGUGAAGUUUAAUGUGAAGGCUUAUCAACUUCUUCUAGAUAUGAAAAAUAUUUGCGAGCUCAAGAAACCUGGGGUGCAAGUGAAUAUAGUGUUGCUUGAAGGAGAGGAAAAGGGUGCUGCAAUAGUGCAAGAGGCAAAGCAACAAAGAGUGUCUUUAUUGGUUGUAGGGCAAAGAAAACGUUCUAUUUUGUGGUGUUUGAUGAGGAAGUGGACGCGAAAGAGAACAAAAGGUGGAGUUGCUGAAUAUUGUAUACAGAAUUCACCUUGUAUGACAAUUGCAGUGAGGAGGAAGAAUAAGAAACUUGGAGGGUAUUUGAUUACUACCAAACGCCAUAAAAACUUUUGGCUUUUGGCUUAGUAUGAGUCUAUCAAUAAAGUGGAUUAUGGUGUUUGUGGAUUAAAGGGUGUGUCUAUCCUAAAAUUUGAAUGUAUGUGUUGUUAAUGUUAAGAUUAAUGUACUUCAAAAUGAUUAGAUCAGUAUGUAGAUAUUCCCUUACUCGAA